AUGAUAUUUUAUUUUGCCUGGGCCGUGUUCUUCUUCAUGUGUGGUUGUGUGUUGGCUUUAGUCGCAACACGGUUUAAUGGUAUAACUGGUUACGGUGCAGCUUCGUUCUUCGCAUUUGGAGCAUUAUGUGCUUAUGGCUUCGACAGUUAUUUGAAAUUCCUGGCAUGGAGACAUGAUGAAAUGGCCGUAGGUGGAGCUGGACUGAAAAACUUACCUUACGGUGAUACUACAGCAUCAAAGGAAUCAAGAAAAGAGAGUUCUCAUCAAUGA